AUGUCCUUUUUAAACACUCUUCGUGAAAGAGCUUCCUCCCUUUCUCUUUUCGAUAAGACCAAUGCUCCAAAGAAACCUUCAAAAGAUGAAUUGUUCAGAGAGGAGUUCAAACUACCAGAAGGAGAGUCAAUUCUAGAUGAAACUGCUGCUGAGAUGCUGGUCGUGUCGCAAGCUGAUGAAAACCAAAAGGGUGCCGCUAGAAUAAAUGACAACCAAUUGACAAACCAUUCAAAUUUUGUUUACUCUGGGAAACUAUACUUAACAAAGCAUUUUCUUGUGUUCCGUGACUCAUUUGAUAGAAAAAGUUGUGUUUUGGUUUUAAAUCUUUCAACAAUUAAGAAAGUGGAGAGAAUUCCAUCUAAAGCUUAUGUAUUUGCCUUAUCUAUUGUCACAAAUUGUGGAAUAAAGUUACUUAUUCAAUUUAUUGGUAUUCGCUCACGCUCUGAAGAGUUUUCACAUAAGCUCAAAGUUAAUCUAAGAGAUAAUAUACCAAAUACAAAGAAGUUGGAACCAUUUUUGAAUUCACUUUAUUCUGAAUUCAUCGUCAAGAAAAACACACCAGGUGCUGAUAAAGAUAGUAUAAAAUCACCAGAAGGAGGUCUUGGACUAAUUUUCAAAUUCCCAGGAGAUCCGAAAAAACUUAGAGAUAAGUCUAAACUAAGGUUAUGGUAUGAUUACUUUAGAAGAUAUGGUCGCAACCUAAGUAUAUCCCGUCAAAAAAUGUUUUACAAGUUGCUUAGAGUUGGACUACCAAAUAGAUUAAGAGGUGAAAUAUGGGAAUUGACAACAGGUGCCAUGUACUUGCGCUUCCAAGAGCUUUCAGUUUAUCAGAAGACAUUAGAUGAUAAUGCUGGUAAGAAGUCACUUGCAAUUGAAGAAAUAGAGAAGGAUUUAAACCGUUCAUUACCAGAAUAUUCAGCUUAUCAAUCAGAAGAGGGUAUUGGUAGAUUACGCAGAGUCUUGACAGCAUACUCAUGGAAAAAUCCAGAUGUUGGUUAUUGUCAAGCUAUGAAUAUCGUUGCUGCUGCUUUACUUAUCUUUCAAACUGAAGAACAAGCCUUCUGGACUUUGUCAGUUUUGUGUGAAAAAUACGUUCCAGGCUACUAUUCAAAGACCAUGUAUGGUACAUUAUUAGAUCAAAAAGUGUUUGAAUCACUUGUUGAAAAGACAAUGCCAAUCUUGUGGAACCAUAUCUCAAAACACGAUAUUCAACUUUCGGUUGUGUCAUUACCUUGGUUUUUAUCAUUGUUUUUAAAUUCUAUGCCUUUGGUUUUUGCCUUUAGAAUUAUUGACAUUUUUUUCUUGCAUGGGCCAAAAACACUUUUCCAAGUUGCCUUGGCUGUAUUGAGAAUCAACGGUGAAGAAUUACUGGAGAUUGAUGAUGACGGUAUGUUUAUUUCAGUUUUGAAGGAUUACUUCUCCCAACUUGAUGAUUCUGCUCAUCCAAAUUCAACUGAUCCAAAAUUCAGACAAUUGACGAAAUUCCAAGAACUUUUAAUUGUUGCCUUUAAAGAAUUUUCAAACGUUACGGAUGAAAUGAUUGCUCAGGAGCGUAACAAGCAUAAACCUGCCAUUUUACAAAACAUUGAAACUUUUAUCAAGAGAAGUCAACUUCGUAACUUACCAAGAACUCCAAAUAUUUCUCAAGAAUAUUUAUCCAAUAUUUAUGAUAGAUUUUAUAAAUGUAUUCAAAGUCAUAAGGCAAGUCUUGGUACCGGUUCUUCAUCAAUGGAAUUCCAAACUUUCCAACAAUUUAUGGCUGGAUUUUGUGAUUGGGUCCUUUCAGAUGAAGAGUAUGAUUCACAUCCAGAUGAUUUCCUUCAUAGACUAUUUAGAAAUUGGGAUAAAGAUCAUAAAGGUGUUUUGACAUUAACUGAUGUCGUUGUUGGGCUUGAUAAACUUGUUAAUAGAAAUUUGAUGGAAUCUAUCUCAAACUUUUUUGAGAUUUAUGAUCCAGAAUCAAAAGGUGAAGUUGAUAGAGAAGGUAUUUUACAAUUAUCAGAAGGUUUACUUUACAUCACAAAACCUUUACAAGAUGGAUUAGUUUUUGAUUAUUUAACUAGAAAAUCCAUUGAAAGUUAUAUCGCUGAUAGAAUUGUUGAAAGACAAAAAGAAACAAAUGAUGAAGAGAUUAUGUUACCAUCAGAAGUCAACAUUGACCAAGAGAUUUUCCAAAGGGAACAAGGUGAACGUUAUUUAUCAGCAGCUAGUGAGUUUAUCCAAAGAGCUUUUGAGUAUGCACAACCCGUUACACAACCACAAUUAAUAGAACUUGAAGAUUCAAAAGAUUUGGACAAAAUGAAGGCUAAUGCUGCUUUAGAUCCUAACCAUCCAUUAACAUUGAACUUGGCUACAUUUCGUAUGGUCAUAUUAGCUGACGAAACUUAUGAAUUGUUAUUCACAGAAACAUUAGCAUCUUCCAUUCAUCUUGACAGAUCAACAAGUAUAUCUGAUAAAGGUGGUAUUUUACGUGAUAUGUUUGACGGAUUAUUAGCUGAUGGCAGAAGAGUUGCCAAUCAAGUCCGUCGUAGAAUGGACUCCACUGCAACUUCCAUAUCUAACAACAAUGGCCACAGUGACUCGGCUGGUGUCAAAUCAAAAACAGGUGCCGCUUCAAUCGCAGAGGAGGAAGAUGAAGAUGACUUUGGAGGGGAUGCAACAACUCAUGAUUAUGGUGAUUUGUUGGAAGGUGCUGAAAUUCAAGCCUUAGGUGAUGUGCCACUAAGCAGCAAUGUUAAAGAAACUGAUAGAGCUAAUGAGUUGAAAGUAUUGCAUGAUAAUAUGGAUGAGAUCAAAAGAACUUUGGAUGGUCAAGAAUCUUCUAAAAAUGAUAAUCUGAUUGAAUUUGAAAGUUGA